AUGGAAGAUCCUCUUGAAUCCCUUAAACUCAGCCAUGUUCUUGCAGCCAAUGGUUACUGCCCUAAUAUGGCAUGGUGGAAUGAAGAUAAGGUCGAUCAAAACGUUAGUAACAAUGGUGAUUUUUCAAUGCAAUCGGAUGAUGAUGAGUUCUCAUCGUCGGAACUGUCUCCGGCGAAACCGCAUCGGAGCCAUCAGUCGGAAGGCAGUGAGACGCAUGUUAGUAAUUCCCCCCAAUUCCCAAGAAGUCGCCUCGUCUCUCCUCAGAAGAUGACCGUUGUUGGGAAAAGGAAUCGUCGAAUCCGGACGCCUCCCUCUUCCCCCCAAAUCGACCACCCAAGAAAUACCCCUUCUCCAUGCGCAGAAGUUUCCCAAGUUGUGAUUCCAGCUCCUCAACCGAUUUCAUCAACCUUUCAUAACCAUUCAGAUGCCUCAAACUCCACUUCCAUAGAAUUAGCCAAGACAAUCGAUGUCGGGGAAAAAGAAACGAAGUCUUUGGAGAUUAAAGGGGGUUUAGAUAAGCAUAUUUCGGGCUCUACAAAUUUUCAAUGUGAUGUUGUCGACCCUCUGGGUUUUUCAGGUGGAAUUGCCUCCCUUUGGGAUCCAACUAUUUUCAGCGCUUCUGACUCGAUUAAAGCCUCUGGUUUUCUUGUUUUUAGAGGAUUGUGGCUCAGGUUAAGGAAGAAAUGCUGCUUUGUCAAUGUAUAUGCGCCACAGGACCCUUCUGGAAAAAGCUUGUUUGUUGGAAAUCAAGAUAGGCGGUCGUCGUUUCACCUAUAUGAACUUGAAGGGGGGAAUGGAUGGGCAUUUAGUGAUAAUAUGGGGAUGUGUUCUGGUAUCUCCCCCCUUUCUCUGGUCGCUGGCAAGCUAAAAAAUCUAAAGGAGCAUAUUAAGAAAUGGAGAAAAGAAAUCAUUGAAGCAAACAAAAAGGAAAUGGCGGAUCUCACAAAUAACAUUAACUCCAUUAAUCUGCUUGCCUCCGUGGAUGAGGAUUUGUUAAAGAACUGCUACCAUACAUAA